UCCUACGAGCUGACCCUGCGGGUGCGCGAUGGCGGCGACCCCCCUCGCUCUUCCCAGGCCAUCCUGCGGGUGCUCAUCACCGACGUGAACGAUAACAGCCCCCGCUUCGAGAAAAGUGUGUAUGAGGCCGACCUGGCGGAGAACAGUGCCCCGGGCACCCCGAUCCUGCAGCUGCGCGCCACCGACCUGGACGUGGGGGUCAAUGGGCAGAUCGAGUACGUGUUCGGAGCGGCCACCGAGUCGGUGCGGCGGCUGCUAAGACUCGAUGAGACCUCUGGCUGGCUCAGCGUCCUGCAUCGCAUCGACCGCGAGGAGGUGAACCAGUUGCGCUUCACCGUCAUGGCCCGCGAUCGCGGACAGCCCCCCAAGACCGACAAGGCCACCGUGGUCCUCAACAUCAAGGACGAGAACGACAACGUGCCGUCCAUUGAAAUUCGCAAAAUCGGCCGCAUUCCACUCAAGGAUGGAGUAGCUAACGUGGCCGAAGACGUCCUGGUUGACACUCCUAUUGCCCUGGUGCAAGUGUCCGACCGAGACCAAGGUGAGAACGGCGUGGUCACCUGCACUGUGGUGGGCGAUGUGCCUUUCCAGCUCAAGCCGGCCAGCGACACCGAGGGCGACCAGAACAAGAAAAAGUACUUCCUACACACCUCGGCCCCUUUGGACUUUGAGACCACCCCAGAGUUCAACGUGGUCAUCGUGGCAGUGGACUCUGGCAGCCCCAGCCUCUCUAGCAACAACUCUCUGGUGGUCAAGGUGGGAGACACCAAUGACAACCCGCCGGUCUUCGAGCAUUCCGUGGUGGAGGUGUACUUCUUCGAGAACAAUGUCCCGGGCGACCGGGUGGCCACUGUGCAGGCUACCGACGCAGACAGCGGGAAGAACGCGGAGAUCGCCUACUCCUUGGACUCAUCCAUGAUGGGGAUCUUUGCCAUUGAUCCCAAUUCGGGAGACAUCCUGGUAAAUACGGUCCUGGAUCGGGAGCAGACGGACAGGUAUGAGUUUAAAGUUAACGCCAAAGACAAAGGCAUCCCAGUGCUCCAGGGCAGCACCACAGUGAUUGUGCAGGUGGCUGAUAAGAAUGACAAUGACCCCAAGUUUAUGCAGGACGUCUUCACCUUCUAUGUGAAAGAAAACUUGCAGCCCAACAGCCCCGUGGGGAUGGUGACCGUGAUGGAUGCUGACAAGGGGAAAAACGCGGAGAUGAGGCUCUCCAUAGAGGAGAGCAGUGACAUUUUUUCCAUUGAGAAUGACACGGGCACCAUUUACUCCACCAUGUCCUUUGACCGGGAGCAUCAGACUACCUACACUUUCAGAGUCAAGGCUGUGGAUGGGGGAGACCCUCCCCGCUCUGCCACUGCCACAGUCUCUCUCUUUGUGAUGGAUGAAAAUGACAAUGCUCCCACAGUCACCCUCCCCAGGAACAUUUCCUACACUUUGCUGCCACCUUCAAGUAAUGUCAGGACAGUAGUAGCUACAGUGUUGGCAACAGACAGCGAUGAUGGCAUCAAUGCUGACCUUAACUACAGCAUCGUGGGAGGGAAUCCCUUCAAGCUGUUUGAGAUUGAUUCCACCAGUGGUGUGGUUUCCUUAGUGGGGAAACUCACCCACAAGCAUUACGGCUUGCACAGGUUGGUGGUGCAAGUGAAUGACAGUGGGCAGCCAUCCCAGUCCACCACCACUCUGGUGCAUGUGUUUGUCAAUGAGAGUGUUUCUAAUGCAACUGUGAUUGACUCCCAGAUAAUCAGAAGUUUGCACACACCCCUCACCCAGGACAUAGCUGGUGACCCGAGCUAUGAAAUUAGCAAGCAGAGACUCAGUAUUGUCAUUGGCGUGGUUGCUGGUAUUAUGACAGUGAUUCUGAUCAUCCUCAUUGUAGUAAUGGCCAGGUACUGCAGGUCCAAAAACAAAAAUGGCUACGAGGCUGGCAAAAAAGAUCACGAAGACUUCUUUACACCCCAGCAGCAUGAUAAGUCCAAAAAGCCGAAAAAGGACAAAAAAAACAAGAAAUCCAAGCAGCCCCUCUACAGCAGCAUCGUCACUGUAGAAGCUUCGAAACCAAAUGGACAGAGAUAUGAUAGUGUCAAUGAGAAGCUGUCAGACAGCCCUACCAUGGGGCGAUACCGAUCUGUUAAUGGUGGGCCUGGCAGUCCUGACCUGGCAAGGCAUUACAAAUCUAGUUCCCCACUGCCUACUGUCCAGCUUCACCCCCAGUCACCAACUGCAGGAAAGAAACAUCAGGCCGUACAAGAUCUACCACCAGCCAACACAUUUGUGGGAGCAGGAGACAACAUUUCAAUUGGCUCAGAUCACUGCUCUGAGUACAGCUGUCAAACCAAUAACAAGUACAGCAAACAGGUGGAUACAGUGCAGAUCACGACCCCCUCUGGCCACCUUGAGGAAUCGUGUAAAAUGAAUCCAUUUCGUAGAGUGACGUUUUCUGUUGUGAGUCAGCCUCAGGACCCACAUCAGGGGUCACUGCAGAGUUGCUAUGACAGCGGGCUGGAGGAGUCAGAAACACCAAGCAGUAAGAGUUCAUCAGGGCCAAGACUGGGUGCCCUUCCACUCCCAGAGGACAACUAUGAAAGGACCACGCCGGAUGGCAGUGUUGGUGAGGCAGAGCAUAUGGAAAAUGAUUCAAGGCCUCUUCCAGAUGUAGCCCUGACCGGCAAGUGCACCCGCGAGUGUGACGAAUACGGCCACUCGGACUCCUGCUGGAUGCCCGUGCGCACUUCUCCGGAGCGGAAGAAAAGCCAGCCCAAACUCUCCACUUUCAUGCCCGUCGAUGAACGAGGAAGUCAGGAAAGGCUGGCCAAUGGCGAGGCCGCCCUCAUGGGGGACCGCAACAGAAACCUCCUCAACAAAAAGCUGACCUCGUCCUAUGACACCUUCAGUGCGCCUAGUUUUAGUCAAAGUGAGGAAGCCAACCCUGAGGAUAUUCCCCUGACCAAAACGGGGGAAUACAAGCCAUCUCCCGUCAAUACGCUCACUAGAAGAGAAGUUUACCUGUAGGCUAUGAAGGAGCAACGGCAAAAUUCUUUUCAUGUAUGAGAAGGAGAAUAAGGAAGGGGGGAACCUUACCAAGCAAACCCGGUUCAUCAAAAAGAGGGGGCUACCAAAGAGACAAAGCUUUGCCUGCCACUUCUGCCUCCAGAUCAGGCCUUUAGUGAUACUGUGAGCCUGGUUCUAAUGUACACUGUAGAAUCCGUCCUUGGGAUUGCAUGUCUGAACCCCUCGCUGAUUCCCAACACUCACUCUUCCUUUGCCCCCUUGCUCCCUUCAAAAAUAGGAGGGGAAA